AUGCCUCAAAACUUGAAGGUAAUUUUAUGUUCUCAUCAGCCUGGAGCGACCAGAUUUCCGGACGAGGAUGAAGCGCAGAAAGUGCCUCUUGGCACGUGGAGAAACAAUGUGACCGCUCUCUCACAACAUCACAAUCUGUAUUUGGUUGCAUACCUCGAUCGUAUUUACGUUUAUCAGCCGCGAUAUCCGGAUCAGAUCGUUGGUGGUCUUGGCGAGGCUGUUGGCUACUUCGAGCUGCCCAAAUCACGCCCGAGACUGAGAGGCUAUAUCAACCCUGGCAAGCCUCAAGGUGUCAAUCAUCUUAUGGUUCGGGCUCUUGGUGAAGAAGAGAUUCUCAUCCUGGCUUGUGAUGGUGGCGAUGUCAUUGCCUACCGUAUCCGUGACAUUCUCAAAGUUCUUUGCCAACCAUCUAGCCAUCCCUCACCGAUGGAAUUGGUCCUUUUCGCCUUCUUUCAUGAGAAUGUUGGCGCCAGUGUCUGGGGUAUCGAUGUCCACAGGACCUCACGAUUGAUUGCUAUUAGUUCAAAUUCUCACGAGAUAGUGAUCUUCGCAUUUGCAUUGACUUCUCGACCUGAUCAAUUCUUGGUUCCUUGCAAAAUGAAAGAGACGCUGAGAGGAGUCGCGAGUUCUCACGAUUACGGACACGGAAGGGCAGCAUUCCUUUGUUGUGGCAUCUCUCCCUGCAAAGGUCCCUUGUCUACUGAGUGGAAAGUGCCAGAGAAUGGAGACUGCCGCUUCCGCCGUACCGAGAAUAACUACGCAUGGAGUCUGCGUGGGCACAGUACCAACAUCCCCGCGAUCGCCUUUUACAAUAAUCCAACGGAUCCGUCGGGAAAAGUGGUUUUAGCGAGCACGGACAUCAACCGGAAGACCUAUGCAUGGGAUGUAUGGGAUAGUAAAAGCCAGCAAAUAAAUCCCAACACGGACAUAGAAGAUGUUCUUGGUGCUGUCCUACAGUCACAAGCAGAAUCAUCUAGUAUGGUGAAUCUCGACGAUUACGGUGAAGAUUCGGGCGAGGAAGAAGAGGAUGGGGAGCAGGAGAGCCAGGAAGUCGACCAGGACGACUUGAGUGAGGCUAUUGGAAUCGACCUCGAGCCCGCCGAAGUCAGUGCAAGCCAUGUGGUCGGCGAAAUCGCGGCACUUUCAGAUUCUGACAGAGUUAUCUCCAGACAGGCGGAGUACAUUCCAAUAGCACCUCCGUCAGAAAUUUCUAAGCAUUCGCCUUGCAACUUCUUAUGCACUACGGAAUCAGAUGUUUUUCUGACUGACGGCCGCUUUAUGGACCGAGGCGCAAAGCCUAGUAAUGGUCGGCUAUUGUGUGAGAAGUCACUCAUGCAAGCGAUUCCAAGUGAAUUUGUCGCUAAUAGGCCAAUGGAGCGUCUGAACAUGGUUUCCCAAAUUCCAGAACUUGGACUUGUUGCCAUUGGCAAUCAGGUAGGACGUGUCGGUCUGUAUACCAUGACUUUCUGGCCUGAAAGACAAGACUAUGGCUUCAAGGUUGAGGCAAUCCUACCCUUUGAUUCAGAAGAAAGGCAGGGCAAAAGACCCCAUGUCGCUCCCUUGCUCGGCAUUGCCGUCAGUCCUGUGCAAGGACACUUUCAGAGGCCGUACUCUCCGUCCACAGAAGCUUCAUCCAAAGACCACAACGAGAUAGAGCGCAAAUUCCGGCUCCUUAUGUAUUAUACUGACCAUACAAUUCUGGCUUAUGAAAUUUCGCGGCCCAUCAAGGACGAGGAGGUUCUUGUAUGCUGA